UUGUGAUUUGGGGAAUAUUAGUGUCAUAUGGUGUUUUGUAUUUUCUUAUAUGUUUGGUCCUGAUUAAAAAAAAUGUAUCUUUUUAACGUCUUUCUGGCAUGUGAAUGUCUCAGAGAAUCGUGAAUUGUUUUUGCUUUUAUGAAAUAAUUUUUGCUGUAGAUGAGGCGCUUUUGUAUUUCUAAUAUUUGUGUGUUUAAUAUCUUCUUGCAGACACAGAUUCAUCUGUUAUAAAGAUUAGAGUCACAGAAUAAAUAAAUAUUUACAUUUAGGGUUAAUUUAGGAAGAAUAACACAAACCUGUUCGCCGGAAAUUAUGUCUUCCAUGGUUCUUCUUUGUUCCGGAUUGAACCUGUUUACCGAGUAACGUUGUUGUAAACGUCGGGAGUCAUAUUUUGGAGGUGCUCAUCGGGCUCUUCCUCCUCUGCGGCGGUUACUGCGCAUGUCCGUCAUCUCCACAGUUGGUUCAUGCGAAGAGGUUUCAGGCUGCUGUGUCUCACACCUUGUAUGUAUCCAGCGCGGGACUCCGACCCGUCGCUGUCGGUAACAUGACAACAUUCUUCACCUAGGGUUUGAGUCGUAAAGGAGGCACGCGGACGGAUGGAUACAGGUGCUGCCGACAAUUUACGGAGACGCACGAGAAGCUCCCGAGCCCGCCGCGGAGCAGCGACCGGAGCGCGGGCCGUGCUUCGGGCUGUGAGCGUGGGAAACACGGAGGACACGGACCAUGACAUGGAAGGGGCAGUCGGGCUAUGUAAGCUCCGGGUCACCGCACCCAGAUACAGCCUGCUGCGGGAGGUGGGGAGGGGUGCGUACGGCGUGGUUUACGAGGCGGUGGCCCGCAGGUCCGGAGCCAGGGUGGCCGUGAAGAAGCUCCGGUGUGACGCCCCGGAGAAGGUGGAGCUGGCUCUUCAGGAGUUCUGGGCGCUGGCUAGCCUGGAAAAACGGCACGAGAAUGUGGUGCAGCUGGAGGAGUGCGUGCUGCAGAGGAACCGGGUGGCUCAGAGGAUGAGUCACGGAAACAAACGGUCCAAACAGUACCUGCGGCUGGUGGAGACCUCUCUGAAAGGUGAGCUUACUGCUCUGUUUUAGGACGAUGGGAGCUGCUGUUCGGUUCGAAUCGAAGCCGAAUCUUGGAGGAACUAUUAAGCUCUUAGAAAUGUCCUUCAUCAAACAGAACAAUAGCGCAUACCGACGAUUAUCCUGGUAACCUGAAUCCGUAAGGUCUCCAAAGGAGGUUCCACGCUGCGUAAACAAAGGGUUAGGUAACACCGAGCAGGGGCGCGGCCAAGGGGUGGCUAAGGCCCAGUGCAAUCAGGCCGCCCUCCCCAAUUGAACUUUUGCUGAUAUUGGCCUUUUUUUCUGGAGAUAUGAUGGUAAUAGAGGAAGACUGGUUAAUUAAAGAUAAAUUUACAGAUAAAUCAGAUGUUAGAGUGUUAACAUUUCACCAUAAUCAGAAUCAAGUCAGCACCAAGUCAGAUUGUAAACAUGUGUUUUCUAACAUUCACUCUCAUAUUUACCUUUAAGACUUUUGCCUUUAAUUUCUAUCUCAGAUUGUUGGAGAGAAACAACAAACUGCUGUGAUGAUAAUUUAAUGUGCCCAAAAUCACCCUGAUUGAAUCUGUCUUUCUCUGAUCUCAAAGUUAGAGAAGUCCUUUGCUGCUUUGGACAAAUGAAUGAUAGUAACUGACAGGUUCCGCAUCAUAAUCUGAGGCCUGUACUACAAAGCUGGAUUUGGUCUUAGCGAGAUAACUUCAGGAUAAUUUCUGGGUUUUCUGUACUACGAAGGUGGAUCUCUUUUUUUUAUCCGGGUCCGUUGCCCCGGUAACUUACACGGAACGCCAAACCUGCUCCAGAGCCCACUGACCAAUCGGAUGUCUUGGAAAAUGGCUUGCCCACUCUUGCUGGAUCCCGGGGACAUCAUUGCACGGAUAGUGAUAGGAGCGCUUCACAGAGGGUGUUAUAUUCAUGAUCGUUCAAAUCUGUUUGAUUUACCUGAUGACGUUCUCUAUGAACGUUACAGGUUUUCCUCGGAUGGCCUCAAUAUUCAGAUAGCAUGAAGUCUAAGCAAUGCACUAAUAUUUGCCAAGCUCCAGGUUCAAUUUCAUGCGGCAUAUCAGUCAUCAUUCAGAAUUUAUUGAAGCAGAUGAGAAAACUCAAACUCAAAUGUGUCUGCAGAUGACAUGUGACCAUCAGAUGAUGGAGAAAAAAAGAAAAAAGGGCAGUGUGAGGAAAUCACUGUUUACGCGUUGAAAUGUGUACAAAUAAAAUCUUCCAAUAAACUUACAAACUACUUUAAACAAUGUUUUUUAGAUUUAUUUUUAUUUGCUCCCACGUACUCUUUUCCCCACUGCUGUUGUAUCUGAAAUAAUGAGGACAAUGAUGGUGGUGAUCACACACGCUGCAUGACAACAUAUAAGGGGGCCAUAAAUUUAUGAACGCACAAAUGUAAUUUACACAAUCGAUGAUUUUUUUUGCAAGCAGUCCUUCCAGCUUUUAGCGACUGUGGCUGUCCUGCUCCUCACUGUUAUAAUGUUGUGGUACUCCUCGUAUUUGCGUAGAAUAAUGCUUUGUUCUUCGGCUGUGAAAAAUGACGUGCAGCCUUCUCCAUUGUGGAGAUUGGUCCGGUGGCACUGACCCCACCCCCUAUACGUGUGCGCGCACAGAUCUGAAGUGGCCACACCUGGAUUCAGUUAUUGAGUUGAUAACCGGCUUCGUAGUACAGCUGAUCGGGAUCGCAGAGAUCCAGUGAAGUUGAGCGAGUUGUCGCAGAGUUAUCCUGAAUGUGUUAAUCCAGCUUCGUAGUACAGGCCUCAGGAGUCACCAGUUAACCAGUAACACCUGGAGUACAGGUCUUGAACAAUAUGUAGGGAAAAACAAGCUGCAGACACAGCUGUAGUGGAGUCAAAGCAACGUCUGAACUAAAACUAUCUGUAAAAUAAUCGGCUCAGAUGAUUGGUCCUCCCCAGCUGUGAUAUGACUGUAGGAGAUGUUAUGAAUCAGUGGGGCUCCCUGGUCAGCGUAAAACCAGGAGUGAUCUGGAUGUGAGUGUUAGAGCCUGGCUUUGCGAGCUGGAAACAGUGUUGGGUAAUACUCAGCUGUGGUGGAGGUCAGCCGGUUCAUGCUCUGCUCUAAGCUCUCACAGAUUAUCACACCGCCUGUCCUGGUCUGGAUGCUGGUUCUCUGUGUACUUCUGAAUCAGGCUGUUUCCACACACAUAACCUGUGUUUCAGCCCCAGUGUUUGGGUAUGUGUGGUGUUUUGGUGAUGGCCCUUUGUGCUAUGUUAGCAGAGUUGUUGUUCUUGCUGUAUCAGCGGCAGGUGGGGGAGGGGCAGGUCUGUCAGGCUCUCUCUCUCUCUAAGAUGGAGUCUGCUGUGCUGGCGAUCAGCACUCAGCUGUUUGACUCUUUCCUCUGAUUCUCACUGAACAGAAGCAGCAAAACGAACAAAUCACUGUCUGUAAUGGAAAUAUCACAGCCAAUCAGAGGCAACCAAAUCAAAACAAGGAAGUAGGAAAUAGAUGAACUACCUACAGACAGAGAAGGAUGGACAGCUUCAGGAUAACAUGAAAACCAGCAACAUGCCAGACCCUUGUCCCCUGUCCAACCCCUAUCUUGCUGACUGUGUGACUCUGAAUCAUAAUACUGAUCAUAAUAAUCAUAAUAAUGAUCAAUCAUAAUCAGACCAUAAAGUAAUAAGGAAAUUAUUUACUGAGCCGAUAAAUCAGCUCAGAAGUCCUGUAGCUAUCCUGCUGACCAGGGUCCCACAGACCUCAUUGUGGCCCACAGGAGAGAGGAGCAUAACUGAGGAUACAGGAGGGCCACUCGACCAAAGUCCUCUGACUGAUGGACACGUCCCCAUCACUCACUGAUUGGAUGUUAAACCUGAAGAAGGAUCCAGUGUUUCUGAGGCACUAUUGAAAAAAGUUCCAGAGAAAAUCAAGGGCAAAAAAAACGUUCAUAGUGAUGAAUGUAAUCCUUAAUGUAAUUAGGAGUAUUCCACAUGUGGUGAAAGAAGUUCUACUGAAAACUUGCUGUGACAGACAUGCCCUCACUUCCCUUCAGGAUAACGGCGUACUGGACCUCAGGAGGGCAGAUGCUGAUAUGACGCCAAUGACGUCAAAAUGCAGUUAAUUAGCUGACUGCGUCAUCCUUCCAUCUGUAGGAAUUAAGUGAAAAAUGCGUCAGCUCCUUCUCUCUUGUCACCCCCCCCCAUGUCUCCUCCUCCUCCUCUCUUUCCCCUCUUAUUCCUCCUCUUCUCUUUUCUCCUCUCCUCUUCUCUUCUCUUCUCUCCUUUCCUCUUCUUCUCUCUCUCUACUCCUCUCCCUCUUUCCUUCUAUCUCCUCUCACCUUUCCUCCCCUCUCGUCUUCUAAUCUCUCCUCUCCUCUCUCCUCCUCUCUUUCUUUCCUCCCCCUCUCCAUGCAUCUCUGGUGGGAGGUCCAGAGACAUGAGGAAGUGAGGACUGCAUGGAUGCAGGUGUAGGUACUGAGACAUGGUGGUUCAGGUGAUGAUCCUGAUCUUUAGGCGGCAACUUGUCUCGUUCGUCUUGUUCUGCUGUUACUCAAACGUCUGUCUCUGUUUAUCAAUCUGUACCUCUGUGUGUGUGUGUGUGUGUGUGUGUGUGUGUGUGUGUGUGUGUGUGUGUCCUCAGGUGAGCGGGUCCUGGGCCCUCCAGAGGAGCCCUGUUACCUGUGGUUCGUCAUGGAGUUCUGCGAGGGCGGAGACCUGAAUCAAUUCAUCCUGUCACGUCGGCCUGACCCAAACACCAACAACAGCUUCAUGCUGCAGCUGACCAGCGCAGUGGCCUUCCUGCACGAGAACAACAUCGUCCACCGAGACCUGAAACCGGACAACAUCCUCAUCUCAGAGCGGUCUGGUUCCCCAAUCCUCAAGGUGGCCGACUUUGGCCUCAGCAAAGUCUGCGCCGGUUUUGGAAACGCCAGUGAGGGAAAGGUGGGAGAGGAGAAGAACACAAACAUCAAUAAGUUCUGGUUGUCAUCAGCGUGCGGCUCAGACUUCUACAUGGCCCCUGAGGUGUGGGAGGGACACUACACGGCCAAAGCGGACAUAUUCGCCCUGGGCAUUAUCAUCUGGGCCAUGCUGGAGAGAAUCACCUUCAUUGACGCCGAAUCCAAGCGCGAGCUGCUGGGGACGUAUGUGAGGCACGGGGCAGACAUUGUGCCUGUGGGCGAGGCACUCUUGGACAAUCCAAAGAUGGUUCUGAACAUCCCUCAGAAACGCCGCUCCUGUAUGUCUGACGGCGUGAGGAAACUGCUGCACGAUAUGCUUGCCUUCAACCCUCAGGACCGACCUGAUGCCAUCCAGCUGCGGGCUCGAAUGGAUCAGGUCAUGUGUGCUGCAUGACGUCCAGCCAGACCAUUUACUACAGGUGAAUAUUUCAGAUCCCGUGACGCCUCUCUGCUGUGACGGGAGGUCCAUGACGCAGGGAGGCAGAGACAAGAGCUGAAACUUUUGAAAGUUGGAGAAAAGUUUCCGACUGAAGGUAGAGAGAAAAAAAUCAUUAAACCGGCCAAUCAGCAUGCAGCUACAGAAAGGAGACUGUCCAUGACUGAGAUCCUGCUGAUCCUGGGACAGAAACCCUCUAAACUAGCCUCACCCAGACCCAGGGAGCUGAUCCUGAUGGGGUCUGGGUUUUAGACUGACACAUGACAGGGUCACGUGUUAGCAUCAGCAGCAGCUCUGAACCUGGGAACAAGUCUCUGAAAGACCAGCCUGGUCUCUAUGUCUCCCCUGCACACCGCUGUCAUUGUUUUUGACAAAGAUGGCAUCAUGCAGAAGCCCCGCCCCUUUUGAGUCUGAUUGGAGACACUGAUGAGGGCAGAGGUGGUUGCAGCAGAAAUGAUUGCUGAUGCUGAUGGUGUCUCUGUAGCGGACUCUGACCAUGUACAAAAUCCAGGUCAGUCCAUGAGCAGGUCUUAGCGGUUCAGCUGGUUAGAGUUGUUUUGGACCAGAAGAGCAGGGUCAAAACCAAAAACAGACAUAAAAUUUAAAAAGAAAAAAAAGACAGUUUGGCAGAAACCCUUAUCUCAGCCUGGGACCUGUUUCAGACGGGUCUUUGCUGGACUGAGGAGACUCCAGAGUCCAGAACAUUAACGUGUUCUUAAAAAACAAUUUUUUUAUGAAACAGAACCCAGAACCCAAGGGCUUUAGUCCCUGCAGGGUCAGGUGGUUCUGUUGUGUGAAGAAAUGACAGAGUGACCAUGAUCUACUGCACAUGCUCACUCUGACUCUGACUGACCGGUUUCAUGGUUUGAAACCCUUACGGUGGCCCUUGGGUCCAUCAGGGAGUCACAUGCUCAGUUAGUCUCAGAGUUAGUUAGAUCUUGGUCACUCUGUCAUGUCUUUGGUUUUACGGACUCUGUCCUUCUGUCUUUGUCUCUGCUCGUGUGUCCUACUUCUGCUGGGGGGAGGGGCAGGAAAGCUUGUUAUACAAGCUGGGUCAAAGGUCAAAUCCCCCACCACCACUUACCAUUCAUUGCCCCCCACCCAGCACCCUGCACAUCCACAAACUCUGACCCAAAUCCACCCAGCCAGCCAGCCAGCAGCCGGCUGGCUGAGACUCUGUGCAGAGACUCUGUGCAGAGACUCUGGAGCUCUCAGAGGGAGGACAGACAGACUGAACAGGGAUGAUCGGUGUUUGCAGGUUUGAAACCUGAUCAUUGUGCCCAUGAACACCAAGCUGCCAGUCAUCGCCUCAAACAGCUGACAGAGAUGCAUCUGAGGCACAGAUGACUGAAGGAGCAGCAGAGCUCAGGUCUUCCUGAAGGGCACCUGGAGCUCCUGAGAAGUCCAAAUAAAGAGUGUUGGUGCAGAGACGUCAGCAGCUUCUACAGCCGCUACUCCACAGAGCUCAGAGAUAGUCCAACUGAUGGAUCUGUGUGUGUCUGAAGAACAGCUGUUAUCGUUCAUGCAAAGAUGGACUCAGGAGGACUGUUUGGUCAGUUCUGCCCAUGUGUGAGUGCACAGCUGAUUUAUGUUAAACUCACAGUUUUUCCUUUUGUCUUUACUCUGCAGGAUGCUGUUUGGACCUGGAGCUGCAGGUGAUGGUACCUGGAGGCCCAUCCUCUCCAAUGUGAAGCCUGAUAGGGAGCAGUGGACCUGCUAACUUUAGGUCUCGCUUUGAUGGACUCUUCCAUUACCUGUCUUUCAUGAUACUGUCCUGGUGACCUCCACUAACUCUCCUUAGCUCAUCCUGGAGUUUGGAUGCAGUAAGCUCACCUGUGUUACUUUCUUCUUUACUUGUUCAGGUGUGCUCAGAUUCAGCACACACACUGUCUGACUCUUUCUUGCCCAAAUCAGCUUCUUCAGCACUUAGUCUGGAUCCAUAGAAGUGAUGAUUCAACAGAAUCACAGACAGGCUGAGGCAGUGAUGGAGCAGCAGACCCCUUGAUCAAACACCUGAAGGUCUAUCAAUGUCCCCUUUGAGUGGAUUCAAAGACCAAAGAAAGUCCAUUUGGAUGGAGGUAGAACCAUAUUCCUGCAAACUUUUGACCUGUGAGUAAAUAUCUGUGUCAUCUGGAGCAGGAACAAGUUUGACCAUGAUAUAAUUACCUGGAAAAAAAGCACCACAAUUUUUUUUCCUGCUAAUGGUAUCAUCAUUCUGCAUGCACAAAAUCAUAACUCGUUAUCUUGUGUGCACAAGAUUACAGUUUCACCAGAUGACAGUCAAACUUCUGGGCCAAGAACCUGGAAGUCUUAGAAGUGAUCUCUUUGUGUGUACAUGACUCUGUCCUUUUUCACACUCAUUUGUUUCUGCGCUAAAAAAACAUUUCAACUGAAGUCAAUAACUCAUUAUUUUGUGCAAGCGUGACGCUGUUUUUCCUGGCUGACCGUUUCUGUGUGAUCUCUGCUCACUUCAUCCUCAGUGCAGAGGGACAGGUCUGUAAUCAUGUUCACACAAGAUCCUGUGUGCAGAAGGUGUCAAACUCUGAUCACACAAGAUGAUGAUCAUGAGUUCACAAAAGGAAAGAAAACUUUCUUUGGACUUUAGGGGCUCUCCGACAUUUAGAUGGGACAAUCCAACAAACUUGAGAGAAAGCAGUGCUUCAGAUCGAGCUCUGUGAUUGGUUGAUGUUCACCAGGCUCUCCGCCAGCUCGAUCUUAAGCUCACAUAGAUCAGCUGAGUCUGUUUAUCUAAGAUCAUCCAGGAGCUUCAAACACCAGUUUGAUUCAGCCAAUCAGGUGAUAGACGUGUUAACCAUCACAGCUGCCUCCUAUCAGUGCCAUGCCCCCCCCAACCCCAGUCCCCUCGGUGUGAACGCCAUUUAGAGACAAGUUUCUUAGCUGCUGCCAAGAGUACAGGUGAGAGUGAUACAGAUGUUGUAGAAGGUCCUGAUGAUGAUUUUGAGUCCUACAAUUAUUUCUGUCAGUAUUAAGUUUUUAUCGUUGGUGUCAUUUAGAUGAACUAUGAUGAUUUGAGGUGAAAAGAGACGUCCAUCCUUUAACGUGUCUCUUUCAACUGAAACAGUCCUCUUACUUUGACAGAAACUUUGUGCCUUUAUAACAAUCCUUAUGUGGUCUCCUGUGGCGCUGCAGAUCCUUCACAGGGUAUACAGUCAGUGGUCGUUGUUUCUGUGUUCAGUCUGUGAUAAUUUGAAUUUAGUAUUUAGCAUUUUUGUUCUUUGGAGGUACAAUCAGGUUAUUUGAAGGGAGCUUCAGACUUCUGUUUAAAAGUGAAAAGUUUGAGUUGUUUCUUGGUAGAUUGUCCAUCUGUCAGCUUUGAAUGGGACCUGAGUGAAACUGUGAUCAUGACCAUCAGGAUGGCGUGCAGAAGUAUUCAGCCUGAAACCAAAGUUUGGGGCGAGCAGACAAGACUCCCUGAACUUCCUUUGACAUUAAACUACCUCCUUUUACUUUGCCCAGCUGUCUGCUGACAUUCCUCAGAGAUUUAACCACCUUGCUGCACGGCUGCAGUUUUACCUGCUUUGAACAGACCUGCAAGCAGUCUGUGUGGUGCAAUGUGGGAAAAUAAGGGUUUACAUUGAGAAGCUUGAAUAUGUAUGUAAUUAAAGUCUUGUAUACCUCAGUUUGUCUGUUGUUCUGUUUGCAUGUGAAGCAAAGAUAAGCUACAUCACAGCUGAGAUGAAUCUCACUGUUUUAUUUUCCAGCCUGUGUUUUAUUUUGAAAUAAAUAUUUGUCUGUUGUUGUAUUUCAUAUUGCUAAACUGGAUCUGAUGCUGGGAGUCUGCAGGACAUCUCUAUGUGAACCUGGUCUUUGAUCGUUGUCCUGUCAGACCAUGUCCUGCUCAGAUGACUUGAAUCUUUAUUUUACAGUUAUGGUCUUCAUCGUUGGACUUAUUAAAACCUUGUUUGUUAACUUUUUACUGCUGGCUUUGUACAUAUCAGAGCUGUAUUUCAAUAAAGGCUGAUAUACCUCA